UUUAAAAAUUGCAUGUUUUCUUUUCUUCUUUUUUUUUUAUCUGGACCACAGCCAGUUCUGGGGCCUUAUUUGCUUUUAAUGUAAUCAAAUUCAAAUGUAAAAAUAAUCUCCAAGCGUGACAUAAUAAAAAGCGGUUGUUUAAUACAUAUUACAUGACUCCUCAAAUCCCCUCGGUGACGCUCGUGGCAAGCUGACAGGUGUGCGCCGAAGCCAUCCAUUUUCGCUGGGAGUGUAAUUUUGAUAUUGCUCUCUAGUUGGCAAAAUCAAAAUGGUGGCUUAAGUUAUUAAAAGUGAGCAGCUUUCGUCAUUGGCCGCUGAAAUUCAAGGUUGGAGGGGCAGCGAGGAUUAACGUCCUUUAAAGCACAAAGCCUCAUCUCCACUCCGGCCUGCUGUCGCUGCUCCCCGCCCCUCGCUCCCACCUCAUCCAUCUCAUUUCAUCAUCUGAUGCAGCCCUCUUCUGUCUUUUGCUCUUUCUCUCUCGAUCAGGCCAGCUGUCCAUCCACUGUCCUUCAUCGCUGUCUCGUUUCUUUUUCUCUUUUUGCCUGUUUUGCCACCGUUUCGUGCGCCUUCCUCUCUAGAUCCGGGGCGAGAUAUGAAGCGGCACCAUGGGUUUUAUGGAGCUCUACCUGGAGAUUGACCCCGUCACCCUCAACCUCAUCAUCCUGGUGGCCAGCUAUGUCAUCCUCCUCCUCGUCUUCCUCAUCUCCUGCAUCCUGUACGACUGCCGUGGCAAAGACCCCACCAAGGAGUACGCCCCCGACAGCACGCCGGCACCGCAGAGCCAGUCGCCCAUACGCCUUGUCGUCAUGCAGAACUCGCCGACCUCGGGCCGCUGCGAGCCCAACAACACGUCGGGACACGCGGAGCCACCGACGCCGGACCUGAGCCGGGAGAGAGCGGAACGGGAGAGGGAGAAGAGGAGUACCCUGGUCUGAAGAUGAGGAGGAGAGAGCGCAGGGAGGAGGAGACGACCAUCAGUUGCUGUUGUGUCACUUCGUGCUGUGGGUUUUCGUUCUUGAACUCCCUAGUUUUUCUUUUUCAAAGCUGCUGAAGGAUGUUGUUGACCUGCAGAGGAGUCCGCAGAUGGGUCUUUACGUCUCCUGCAAAUCCCAGAAUUCCUUUGCCAGUAGACGCCAGCAGAGGACAUUCCCUUCCCGCUGGUAUCCGUCCUCAAGGCACAGCAGACCAACUUCUG